UAGUUUUGUACUUUUAUGUGUUAAAUUUGUUGAUAUAUUGAGUGCACAUUGUGUGAGAAGACAGCAAACUUAGCAAAUUCAUUAUUAUAAUUUCAAAUGGAUAAAUAAUUUUUAUUUUUGGCACAGGCGGUUGGUUGGGAAUGACGUGUCCACAUGGAGUAUGCUAUGGUCUGAAAUGGCUAUUGCGACAAGAAGGACCACGAGAUCAUGUGGACAUGCUUAUGAAUCUCGCUGCUGUUCCGAAUGUUACCAUAUUGGAUAUGGCAAACAUGAUUGUAGCUCAUGCAAGGAACAGAGGAUACGACGUUUUCAUCCAUUCCAAGGUCGUGUUGCUGAAUAUAGCCUGGAAAAUAUCAGACGAGCUAAUAGUGGUGAGCUAGAGAUAGACUGGCCUUGGUUUCCAAACGGAGAAAGAUGCGACUUGUCAAUUGUCGUACAAAGGUCGGAUGGUGAGCAGCUUCUGUGUAAUCCCUCAACUAGAUCUUCUGAUCAUUACUGCCUGUUUGAUCAAUUUCACGAGAAAAAUUCCACGAACCCAGCCGAUUGCUUGCGAAGAGUGUCUUGCGUUAACCAACUUGCCGGGAAGAUCAAUUCAGAAACUGCUGAACAACUCAACAACAGACAAAACCGUGAUAAUUACUUCACAACAUCUUUGACAGCUCACAAUUCCGUCUUCAUGGAGCGAUUGGCAACUCAUUUUAGUAAUGAGAAAUUAAACCAACGUAUCAUAAAUACUCAUCGCAAGCAGUUUGGAAUGGCUAUGAGUUUUAACUCCUUCGGUCAACUUAUAAGUAGAAAUGAAGAUGAUGGGACCGAGCAGGCAUCACAACCAAAACGCGUCCGUUUGUCGACUGAAAGUCUUUCAACAGCUAACAGACCUGCCACAAGUAGCACUGGAACACUAAAUGAUGCUUGUGAUGAGUUGACACACGUUGCUGAGAAAAUGAAUCCCUCAGCUACAAGCAGCUACGACCUUGUUAUAGACUAGUUGUGACCUCGUCAGUCGUCAUCAAAGCUUAAGUGAUAUUUGA